UAGUUUGGUAAUUCAGUAGUGAGUAAUUGCCCUGCGAUUUAUUUGCAAUAACAGUCUCCGGGUGCUUGCUUGCAGAUUAAGCCAACUGCCUUCACAUUUUUUCUGAUUGUGCUUGCGUACCUGCAGCGCUAUAUCUUAUUUGCUGUGACAGGAAUGAUGGCGGCUUUUCAACAUCUUUCUUAGCAUACAUCGAGUCUCUCGGUCUAUCAAAAGAUAGACUUGCUCCUUCUUCUUCUUUGGAACUAUAAAUGGUUGAGCUACUUGGUUGUAUAACUGAUGGAAAUGAGCCCAUGCCUCUCCUAUUGACGAACUGGAGUAGACUUCCGAGUUUUUAGUCAAGGCUGCAAGCCAACUGCCUUAGUUUCCAUCUUCCAUAUGUUGGGACGACUCGAUGCAACUGCUUGAGGGACCAUAUAAACCACGAAGCUGAAUAAGGUUAUCUCAUGAUACUUCUCCCUAUCAGUGGGUUCAUCGCCGAAUCAGAUUAUCUGUGUCGAUGAUUCGGGGCCUACUCGACGUAGACGGUGAUGGUCUGCCCAACGUGCUAACGUUGAAAUCACGCCUCACGGUCUGUUACAAACUUGGAUAACCCAUCCGUCGCAUUCAGGUACUACGUCUUCUUCGAUGACCGCACAGAACAAACGACGUUAAUACUGGAACAAAUGAGUAAGAGUAGGUAGAGUAGGUAGUGAGAACACUGUUGAACGGUCCAGUACAUGGCAUGCAAUUAACUAGCUUGAAUUGUUUGCCUUUGACCUCGAAGGGGACUGGUGGAGUUUUCGACACUCAGAGACUCGGCUGCUGGAUGUUUUGGCUGGGGCCCAGUGACCUUUCAGUGCCUCUGCAGGCGGAAGGAACUUGAACUGACUGACUCCGUCACCGUAUAUGAAGAUUAAGUUAAAUACAGAUGAAGAGUUUCGUGAAUUAUGCCUGAUGAUAUCUCUAAUGUGCUAGAAUAGAGGUAGGGCGAUUAUGGUUUUUAACAAUUUUUAAAGGUUUUGUCAAUUGUAUUUACAUAUGUUUAGGUAUGGCGAAGUCUGGUGGCAAUUCAGACGUUGCGCUACUGUCUUAUUACAAUGAAUGACUCCCGUGUGCAGGUUGGGGUAAAGAAACUCCCUAUGCACCUACAAAGUUCCCAAAAUCGUUUGCUCAUUAAAGGAGGAAAAGUAGUCAAUGAUGAUCGUAUGUUUACUGCUGAUAUAUAUAUUGAAGAUGGGGUUAUUAGACAAGUAGGUAAUCAGCUUUCGAUUCCAGGGGGAGUCAGAAUCAUUGAUGCAUCAGGAAAGAUGGUCAUCCCAGGUGGUGUUGAUCCUCAUACAUGCUUUGACUCCUCUUGUUUUGGUUUGAAUACAUCAGAUGAUUUUUAUUCUGGCACGAGAGCAGCACUUGCUGGUGGAACUACUACAAUAAUCAAUUGUAUUGUACCUACAAAAAUUUCACUUUUGGAUAUGUAUGAAAAGUCCCGUCAAACAGCAGAUUCCAAAGCGUGUUGUGACUAUGCGAUGCACUUUAUCUUAUCCCAGUUCGACCCCAAAAUAUCCAAGGAAAUGGAACUACUAGUCAAAGAAAAGGGAGUGAAUUCUUUUAGGGUUUUUUUGUCAAAUACAAACGAUAUGUUAGUAGACGACGGUGAUUUCUUCGAAAUCGCUAAGCGGUGUAGAGAUCUUGGUGCUGUUCUCCAAGUUCAUGCAGAGAAUGGAAAAUUAGUUAGGAUACUAGAGUCGAAAAUAUACAAUGACGGUAUUACUGGCCCAGAGGGUUACUUGUAUUCACACCCAGAAAUGGCGGAGAUUGAAGCUACACAUAGAGCGCUUUCUUUAGCUGAUGCUGCUGGUUGUCCUCUAUAUAUUCUACAAGUCACUAGUCCGAAAGCAGCAGAUCAAAUAUCAGAAGCUCGUUGGAAUGGAAAUGUUGUUGUAGGUGAAACACUAGCCGCUGCACUGGGUGCUGAUGGUACUCAUUAUAAGAAUAGUUGCUGGCGUCAUGCUGCGGGAUAUAUUCUGUCUCCUCCACUAAGAGUUAGUCCGAAUACUUCAGAUAAGUUGGUGCGUUACGUCUCCACUGGGGUUCUAGAAUGUACUGCUAGUGGCCAUUGUGCUUUUAAAACUGAACAGAAAGCUUUGGGAAAGGACGAUUUUCGAAAAAUCCCUCCUGGAGUCAAUGGAGUAGAAGAUCGAAUGUCAGUUGUUUGGGAGAAAGGAGUGAUGUCUGGUUUUAUAGACCCAUGCAAGUUUGUUGCUGUGACUAGUACGAAUGCCGCUAAAGUCUUUAAUCUCUAUCCACAAAAGGGAAGGAUCGAUGUUGGAAGUGAUGCUGAUUUGGUUAUCUGGGAUGGUGAUGCAACUCGCACAAUAUCAGCAAAAAAUAACCACGAAAAUGUUGACUUCAACAUAUUUGAAGGUCUCCAGUGCCAUGGCGUACCUGUAGUCGUGGUCGCUGCUGGUCGGGUUGUUCUGGAGGACGGAGAACUUAGAGUAACUCAGGGUGCAGGUCGUUUUGUACCGGCUUUACCGUUUUCACCGUAUAUUUUUGAGCGAACAAAAAGACUGGUGCUGAUGCGUUCAGUCAAACCUAUAAUUCGUGAUUCGUAUACUGGUCCUGUGUCCACAGAAUUCACUAUUCCAAUGAAAGAUUCCAUCGUCAAUAAUGGUACAGAAAAAGUCUCAGUGGGGUCUGAUGCUGAUGGCUUGCGCCCUCGUUCACCUACACGUUCGGGUGGUCGGAAUAUGCAGGAAUCCAGUUUCUCUCUGAGUGGCGCUCAGUACGACGACAGUCGUCCGAUUCGCACGGGGAUUCGAACCAAACAACCUCCGGGUGGGGCGUCAAACGCCUUAUGGUAGAUAUUCAUUAAUAAGUCCUGUAUAUCAAAAGUUUGGAGCUCAACAUCAGCGACACUACAUAAUCAACAUGUAUUUACUGAAAUUGUUUAAGAUACACCUGGUUCUUUAUUAUAUGUGCUCACAGCCCAAGUUAUAUGUAGCUUCGUUGAAAAACUUGAUCGUUAUCCUAGUUAUGGUUGUUUAUCAAUCCAAAUAUAAUACGCUACUUCAUAAAAAUAUUAAUUACUAAAGAUUUUCUUUUUUUUUCUCCGUGCACUGUUACGAAUGUCUUGG